AUGUUCCGCUUCGUCGGCCUGAUCCGCGAGAACUGGGACCGCCUGGCCGCCAGCAUCACCCUCGAGCAGGGCAAGACGUUUGCCGAUGCCAAGGGCGACGUCCUGCGUGGCCUCCAGGUCGCCGAGGCCGCUUGUGCGGCGCCCGAGCUCAUGAAGGGCGAGGUGCUCGAGGUGGCCAAGGACAUGGAGACGAGGAGCUACCGUGAGCCCCUCGGUGUCGUGGCGGCCAUCUGUCCCUUUAACUUCCCCGCCAUGAUUCCCCUGUGGUGCAUCCCCAUCGCCACAGUCACCGGCAACACUCUCAUCCUGAAGCCCUCCGAGCGUGACCCUGGCGCGGCCAUGAUCCUGGCCGAGCUCGUCAAGAAGGCCGGCUUCCCUGAGGGCGUCGUCAACGUUGUCCACGGCGCCCACCGCACCGUUGACUUUAUCCUCGAGGAUCCCGUCAUCAAGGCCGUCAGCUUCGUCGGUGGCAACAAGGCCGGCGAGUACAUCUUCAACAAGGGCUCCGCCCACGGCAAGCGCGUCCAGGCCAACCUCGGCGCCAAGAACCACGCCGCUGUCCUGCCCGACUGCAACAAGAACCACUUCCUCAACAGUGUCGUCGGCGCCGCGUUUGGCGCCGCCGGCCAGCGCUGCAUGGCCCUGAGCACCCUCGUCAUGGUCGGCGAGACCAAGGAGUGGCUGCCCGAGCUUGCCGAGAUGGCCAAGCAGCUCAAGGUCGACGGCGGCUUCGAGGAUGGUGCCGAUCUCGGCCCCGUCAUCUCCCCGCACAGCAAGGCCCGCAUCGAGGCGCUCAUCCAGAGCGCCGAGGACGAGGGCGCCACCAUCCUUCUCGACGGCCGUGGGUACACGCCGGCCAAAUAUCCCAACGGCAACUGGGUCGCCCCUACCAUCAUCUCCAAUGUGACGCCUAAGAUGAAGUGCUACACCGAGGAGAUCUUCGGCCCCGUCCUCAACGAGUACGGCAACGGCACGGCCAUCUUCACACGCUCCGGCCCCACGGCCGAGACGUUCCGCCGCCACAUUGAGGCCGGCCAGCAUCGCCGGCGGCGGCGCCAGCACCUUUUACGGAAGGCCCGGCGUCAACUUUUACACGCAGCAGAAGACGGUCACGGCCCUGUGCAGAGCGCCGACGCCGUGUCGCAGAAGGCGAACGUUUCCAUGCCGACGCAAUCGUAG